UUCUGUGGGAGGUACCUCCACUCCCAAACCUGUGGGCACAAGGGCGGACAAGUGAGCGGCCCCGGCGCCCCCGCCCUCCCCGUCCCACCCCGGGUCCGCCGGGCCCCGGCCCCGGCAGAGGGCGCCGAGCCCGGGCUGCGGCGGCUCCGCCUCCGGCCGGCGAGCGGCGGCGCGGGGACGGCAGCGGCGGCGGGGCCUGAGGCGCCCGUGGGACCCAGGGUAUGCUAUGACUGGCUUCAGAUUCCCAUCACUGCUUUUAGAAAACUAAAUGUCUGGUUCGGACUAUGGGAGAAGUUUCCCUCAAAUAAACUGUAUCCCACUUGGAGGAGAAGCAUAUUAUGUAGCUGUCAAGCAAGCACAGUAAACUACAGAAGAUGUUUCAGUUUUUCCCCAGUGAAACUCAGUGCACUAAGACUUUCUCCAGAGUAUAUCUCAGUACUUUCUCUGCGGAACAAAAGUAACAAAAGCUCUAGAAGGAGCACACAAACUGUUCAAGAAGAAGAGGAAGAAGACGAUGAAGAUGAAAGUGAUUUGGAAGAUGAAUUUGAAAAUGACCCCAACAUAGUAAAAGAUUACAAGGAUCUCGAAAAAGUAGUGCAGUCUCUUCGAUACGAUGUGAUCAUAAAAGCUGGCCUAGACAUGGCGAGAAAUAAAGUAGAAGAUGCAUUCUACAAUAAUGAACUCAGGCUGAACGGAGAAAAACUAUGGAAGAAAAGUAGAACUGUGAAAGUUGGUGACACACUGGAACUCAUAGUAGGCGAAGAUAAAGAAACAGGAACUGUAGUUAUGCGGGUAGUCUUAAAAAAAUUAUCGGACAAAACUGAAAGUGAAAAAUACAAAGUAAUUUUGAGGCGUUGGAAAAACUUAAAAGUGCCCAAACAGGAUGUACUUAAGUAACAGGGGGGUUGCAUGUGGUAGCAUAAGAUUUUUGCAGAAACCGUAUUUUUGUUAAAUAUGAAUUUUGGUUAAACAAAAUUGCAGUACCCUUUUUUUAAGGGCUUGUGUCAGAAUGUUAUCUCCCUCUGCUGCGUACAUCAAUAAUCAUGCAAUAAACCUGUCACUUUUUGCUGGUAAAAGAUCCAACACUUGUAUUUCUGGGCAGUUUCUUACAAAUAAUGAACCAAUAAAGACUAAUUUGAUCACUAUUUAA